AUGGAUUGUUCUUUUUGUAAAAAGGUAAGAGUUCAACUGCAUAAGCAAUAUUCACAUUCAAACCCUGGCGGAGUUGUAGUAUGCAAUCGUUGUAAUGAGGAAAUUAACAGCAUGAUGAACUUGAUGAACAAAGACAGAAAUACAGCAACCAUAUCCCUAGCAGAUGCCAAUUGGGGGACUAAAAGUGCUACAAGGUGGAUCGAGCUAGCUAAAGAGAGAGAAGACUAUCUUAUUGGCGGAUUAAAUGUUGCAUUUGAGGAGGGAAGUUACUCGGAUAUUCAAGUCAAACCUGGCAAUGGACCUUCUAUACCUGCUCAUAGAUUUUUGCUGGCAACUAAAUCCGAGGUUUUCGAAAACAUGCUAGCAUCAGAUACUUGCAAAGCAGCACCACUUGACUCCAUAUCUCUCCCUGAGUUUAAUCACGAAGAGCUUGAAAUCUUCUUGGAAUUGCUUUACUGUGGAAACUUGGCUAAGGAAAAGUUCGAGAAGCAUUUUUCCUGCCUAGCACUCGCAUCUCAUAAGUAUGUGAUUCCACAUUUGCAGAAGUUUUGCGAAGAGGAGAUACUAAAUUUAUUAGAUUCGUCAACCGCACUCAAGGUUCUGGAAAUCUCAGAAAUUUGUUCUAGCGAGGCAUUAAAAGUUGCUGCCUUGAACUCAAUAGUCGGCCACUCCGAGGAAAUAUAUUACUCACCUGGUUAUGAAGAAUUUGCAAGACAGAAUACGCAUUUGAUGGUACAGAUUACUAGGGCCCAUAGCAAAAAAAAAAGUAGCACCCUUCCUAAGAAGAAACGUAUGGGGUGUUUGUUUGCGGAAUUCACGAUUUCGAGGAUUUAUAAUUCCAUGGGGUUACAAAUUCUGGAAUUCAUGUAA